CAAAUUGGAGUGUCUUUAUAUAUUGGUUACUUGCUUAAUGUAGUUUGUGUUUACUGCUGGCAGCUGGAAUGGAUAAAUGAGGAUUUCCUGAGCUUUUCUCUUGAGUGCAACUUUAUGCAGACCUUGCUGCUAGAUUUCUGAUAAAUUUAUUUUCAGCUAGAUGACUUGGUUGAGCAGGCUAUGUGCAGAUCUCCAAUUUGAUCCUCAAUUCAGCUUGAUAGUUGUUCCGGGGACUUUGUUUUCUAAAAUUAUUGCUGGUGCUACGGUUAUCGGACUUGUCCUGGCCUGAUUAUGCACUGAAAAGUUUCUGCAGAUGACAUCGUCAUUUGUUGUCAGUCGAUUAUCACCGCACUUGGGCUGUAGUUAACUCAGUCAUGGUCAAAAGCUUCAGCUGCUGCUGCUACUGAUCUCCUCGAUGGGAAUACAAUUUCCCUUGUGUUGAAGUCUCAAUACCGACCUGACUUAAACCCGAAUUAUCUGUGAUUUAGUCGUUAAUUGUUCUAGAUUUUCUGUUCGCAUAAAGCCAGUGCUUUGCGUUGUGUGGACCAUGCUUAUCCGACUUUGUAAGUCAGUGGAUUAAGCAACAAAUAAAACGCGGAUGCAUCAGUCAUUUUCUGGUGGUUCAAAAAUAUAUACAAGGUGAUGUGCUGCUCAACGGCUGGUGUCCGAUUUCCUCUAGUGGAUAAAAUUGUGAGUACGUGGCUCAUUUCUAUUUGGUAGUUUCCCAUCACUCCUCUCAUCUGGAUAAAACGCAAUUCGAUUGCCACAGCCACAGGCAUCCGAGUACUAAGAACUAAAUGGACCUAAAUAAUAGUAAUAUACCGAGAACACCGGUUGAAUUGAACGAGAGGGUCGCCAUUUGACAUCCUCUUUUUUUCCCCUUUUAUUACAUAUCCAUGGCUCCAACUCUCACCUCCAAUUCAUUUCUCUUAACCACCACCCCCCAGUCAAGGCGAACCCUCACGAACCCAAGGUUCACAGUGUUUGCCAAAAGGUCCGGUCCUUUUCAACUUGGAAAAGCUAAAGACAGUCCUGAAGAAGGCCAAACUGAAGAUUCAGGCAAUUCUACUCCUUUCCGUUUCAAUUUCGGCAAGGUACGUGACGCGAAAACUUUGGUCCCGCUCGUGAGUAAACCUUCUACGGGUAUAUCGUUUGGGAACACAAGGAGAAAAGAUCCAGCCGCUGUAUUUGUCGCGGGUGCAACCGGGCGGGCUGGCAUUCUCAUUGCACUGACAUUGCUGCGCCAGGGUUUCACUGUUCGGGCUGGUGUGCCAGAGCUUGCUGCUGCCCAGGAACUGGCUCGUCUUGCUGCCCAAUACAAGAUCAUAUCCAAUGAAGAAUCAAAGCGCCUCAAUGCAGUCGAAUCUACCUUCCAAGAUGCAGAAUCAAUAGCCAAAGCAAUUGGCAAUGCCAGCAAAGUUGUAGUCACAAUUGGCCGUGGUGAAAAUGGUCCCACUUCUGAGGUCUCCACAGAUGAUGCCUUACAAGUUAUUGCAGCUGCUCAACUGGCUGGCGUAGGCCAUGUGGCAAUUGUCUAUGAUGGGAACCAAGCAGGCGCUUCAACUUAUAAUGUGCUUGAUGGUAUCACAUCAUUCUUUAGCAACCUAUUCUCUCAAUCUCAACCGUUGAGUCUACCCGAAUUCUUGCAAAAACUAAUCCAAACUGACGUUAGCUACACGUUAUUAAAGACAACCCUUGUAGAAGAUUAUUCAGCAGAGAGCUCUUACAAUAUUGUGGUGUCAGCUGAAGGCAGCAUUGGUGCAAACGACUACAAAGUUGCAAAAUCUCAGAUAGCAUCUCUGGUUGCAGAUGUUUUCUCCAACACAGCUGUGGCAGAAAACAAGGUUGUUGAAGUUUUUACAAGCCCAUCAGCUCCAUUGAAGGGUGUAAAUGAGCUUUUCAGUGCUAUUCCGGAGGAUGGAAGAAGAAAGGCCUAUGCAGAAGCUCUUGCAAAGGCUAAAGCUGAAGAAGAGGCAACAGUAGCUGCUGAGAAAGCUCGUGAAGCGGCUGAAGCAACAAAGAAGCUGGAAGAGGAAGUGAAAAAACUUUCGAAGCAAGAAGCCAGGGCUGCUAGCCUAGCUGAAGAAGCCCAAGAGAAAGCAGAGGCUGCGGGGGCGUCGGUAGAAGGCCUCUUGAGUAAAGCUAAGGGCUUCAGCUCGGGACUUUCUUGGGAAAAAUUCAGUUCUCAGAUAGCAACUGCCGUUCAAAAGCCUUCCGAUGAGGAGAAGCCUAAAGUGCAGAUUGCCACUGUUAGGGGACAAGCUAAGGCUAGAACGUUACCUUCCAAGAAAGCUGUUGUCAAGCAACCUGCUCCUAAAUCCUUUUUCCCAAAGCCAAAGGAGACACCAAAGACAAAGGCUAAAGAGACGGAGAAGACUGAAGUGAGGAAGGUUUUCGGUGGCCUGUUUCAGCAAGAAACCAUAUAUGUUGAUGAUGACUGAGACGAAAGAUAUGCAGCCAAUAUAUUUCCCCAGUCUUGCAGAUGAUUUUUGUGCAAAUGUGGUCCAAUAAUAUCUUGUGUAAUUAUUGUUGGAGGUGUUAUGAGUCAAAGAAACAUGCACUGGCUUAAGGCUAUGUUAUUUAUUCUGUCGAAAUGUGAAGCAAUUUUCAUAGUGUCAGUAAAGACUAAGUAAUACCUAA